UGCAGCACGCAUGCUCGACAUUAAUUUUCACUGGGCGGAGACUGAUUGCUGAGCUGGACGAAGGUGGCUUCCUCACGGUGUUUUCGAGUUUGCUUCCUGCCUGUGGGCCUCUGGGGUGAGGGCCCGUUUGUUGGUGGUGUUGUCAAAUGUUGCUUCGCAGCUUUCGCGUCGUUUCUCUAGGUGCAUUCAGAAGUCCACGCUACCAUUACGCAACGUACACGUUCGAGAUUUGGAUCAGAGCAAUGUCGACUGAAUCCUCCUCUUCCUCCUCGGUUGCUCUCAGGCACGACAUAUCGCAGCUGAGGACGGCCUACAGUCGCACCACCUUCACCGAGGACCAACUGGUCUCCUCCACCGACCCGUUCCGGCAGUUCCACGCCUGGUUCCAAGAGGCACUCACCUGCAAGGAGGUCGCCGAGGCCAACGCCGUCUGUGUGAGCACGGUGGGCGAAGACGGUCGGCCGUCCAGUCGAAUGGUGCUCAUGAAGGGCUACUCAAAAGAAGAAGGGUUCAAGUUUUACACGAAUUUGAAGAGUCGGAAGGCGAGGGAGGUGGCGGCUAACCCGGCAGUGUGUCUGUUGUUCUACUGGGCACCGCUGCAUCGACAGGUCCGCAUCGAGGGGACGGCCGAGCAAAUGAGCGACGAGGCUUCGGCCCGAUAUUUCAGUACCAGACCGCGGGAGAGCCAGCUGAGUGCCGUGGUGAGCCCGCAGAGCGAGCGGAUCUCUAGUCGCGAGGAGCUCGAAGAGACACACAGGGAACUGAGUCGGGUGUACUCUGACUCCAGUGUCGACAUCCCAAAGCCGGAGCACUGGGGAGGGUUCAGAGUUUGGCCACACUCUGUCGAGUUCUGGCAGGGUCAGAGUACACGGCUGCACGACAGGAUAGUGUUUGAGAGAGAAAGGGACAAUGAAGGCUCUGGCAAUUGGACCAUUCAUCGCUUAGCUCCCUAGUUAAAAAACAAUAUCUCUUUUGUAACACCAUCAUUAGAGUUUGUGUCUUACUUAAUUGCUCAUUGUGGCUGUCAGCUGUUGCAAAUAAUUGAUGCAUGAUUGUAACCGAUUAAUACAGCUGUGGCACAUCCUAGUCUAUUGUCCAUGUAAUCGUGUCUGAUGGCACAUCCUAUAGUCUAUUGUCCAUGUAAUUGUGUCUGAUGUACCCAUUAUCCCUACAAUCUGUGGGUACAUGCAUGGCGGCAUGUGGGAGUAUAGAGGCAAAAAAA